AUGGCAUCCACCGCAGCAAACCUAGUCGGACGAACAUUCGAAGAAAUCAUCCGCACUCCUCCACCAGCUCUCUCGGCGGGCGUGGCCGCAUUGAUCGACAUGGCAGCCUUCUGGAAAGCCGCUGGGCCAUCUCGCUACUUUGCGCGGAGCGAUGAGUUCGACCAGCAGCUCGUCCAGCGCUACUCGAGCAUCUAUUCCGAGGUGCACGCUGAGCGGAUCACGCCCGCCAUCCCCUCCUCUUCGGGCCCCGUCUCUGCGCAAAGUCUGUUGGCAGAGCAGCACCUGGGCAUGGUCCUGUUGCUCGAUCAGUAUCCCAGGAACGCCUUCCGCGGCUCUGCCAAACAGUAUCAGUCGGAUGCAUUGGCAAGAAAGUGGGCCGAUAUCGCCAUCACCCACGGUCUGGACAAGGCCAUCGAUCAGACGCUCUGCUUUUUCUUCUACCUUCCCUUUGGACACUCGGAGAGCCUGGCCGAUCAAGACAGAGCCGUCGAAUUGGGCCAGCGCGUAGGCGACCCCUUCCUUCGCAUGAUAAAAGAACAUCGAGACGUCGUGGCUAGAUUCGGCAGGUUCUGCCAUAGAAACAAGGUUAUGGGAAGAGAAACAACAAAGGACGAAGCCGACUUUCUCGCCAACGAAGCUCCCGCUUGGGCAAAGUCCUGA